CUUGGGAGACAUUUGCACGUACAGAGACAUUUCGCAAGGAAACAACUGGGCGCUCUAUUGUUAUUCAGCAAACUUUUUUCAAGGCGUUACCAGUCUGCUGCAUAUAACAAUAGAAAAAUGGCUCUAUGCACGGGCAAAUGUCUCCCAAGUCCUCGAAAUGAAUAAUUAGGGGUUUUCAUUGAGCAUGCAAGUUUUUUGGCUCGGGAUAGAGAACGGGUUAAAAAUACCUUAUUCUCGAUAUUGUAUUUCGGGAUAGGGACAGAACUUGCUGUAUUUCCAUAUAACGUCCAAUUAUAUCCUCAUUGUCAAUCAGCUCGCACGGAAAAACAGCAGAAGAGUAGCUUUUUGACAAGUACUUUUUAUGCAUCCUAUGUUUACGAUGCACAGCAGUGACAAAUAGAAGUUUUGUCACAUAACAUUUAGAGCUCGUCUCCACGACUCCUGUGGCGACAAAAUUAAGCAUGCCAUCCCCCGUAGACUUGGUCUUGGCUAGCGUGUUCGCGGUGCUUGUCCUGAUAGGCGUGGUGGGUAACGUCCUCGUCUGCCUGGUCAUUUUGCGGUUUUCAUCCAUGCGAACACCCAUGAACUACUUGCUGCUGAAUCUGGCCGCGGCUGAUCUACUCACACUGCUCUUCGUCAGUCCGCAAUACGUCUUCAUUCAUACCUUUGUCCACCCAAUUGGUCGCGCGGGUGACAUUAUCUGCAAGCUGUUGACGGGUGGUAACAUCUCGUGGAUCGGAGGUGUGGCGUCCGUUUUCGCGCUCGUCUCUAUCGCCUUCGAACGCUACUAUGCAGUCAUCCAUCCACAAAGUCAAGGCCGCAUCAGCAAACGCUCUUUAUGGAUCACUGUAGUAUCGUGCUGGUUGUUCUCUCUCCUGUUCAACGCUCCUUUAUUUUAUGUCAUUCAUUAUGACUCAGAGAUGAAAUUCUGCAUGGAAUCCUGGCCCAACGCCGUUCUAGCCCAGAUUAACUCUACGUGCUGGUUCGUGAUGAUCGGUUUGAUCCCAGUAACAAUCAUGGUCGGACUUUACUCUAAAGUUAUCUAUUCCUUGUGGAUCAAGAAAGAAGAAAGCGCUGAUAACACGCAGCUCGGGACUAAACGAGUCCGCAAGAAAGUCACAAAGACUGUCCUCACUGUUAGCAUCAUCUACACCCUCUGCUGGUUCCCGCAGUUGUCAAUUUACAUGCUCAGUUACGUUGGGAGUGACAACGAGUUUGGAGGUGUAAGCUAUAUAAUCACAGUUGCCUUGGUAACUGUCAAUUCAGUAGUGAACCCGAUCAUUUACAGUUUACAGAGCGGCAAGUUUCGUAAGUGUUUGAAGGUUGUACUCUGUCGUAAUCAGAGGCGAGUGGAGGACUCGGGAGUGAGAGGGCCUGGUGACGUCGCAGCUGCUGGUGGUAAUAGCAAGGCGACGCCAUCCAGGGCAAAUAUGUGUCAGUAUGAACUCAAAUAGGAUCUGGGUCCUUUUUUAUGCCCAAGAGGAGUUCAUCUUCCUCAGGGAUAAUCGCUAUAAAAUCGUUAAAUCGCUAUAUAAUCUUAAUUUUCUCCAAUAUAACGCACGAAGUAUUAUUAAGCACAAGAAGAACUUGUGACGAUCAACAAAUGUGCUUAAAUACAAAUACAAACUUAAAAUGUAUUUAUGCUGUACCAAGCCUUGGCCAAGGACACUGAUUGGCAUUCAAAUAAAUUCUAAAUCCCCAGAUGUAAUGAAAUAGACUCUACACAA